AUGGCCGGGACGGAAAUCACGCGUGUCGGCCGCCCCGUUAGCGGAAGGGUUGUCGCGGUAACGGAACGCCAGCGCCGCCCGUGCCCGUCGGAAGUGACGGAGCUGUCGCCCGGCAACCGCGGCCGCGCCCGGGGCUCGGUGCCGGCCAUGGCGGCGGCUCCGCGCUGCGAGCUGUGCCGGGCCCGAGCGGCCCCGCUGCGCUGCCCCGGCUGCCGCCUCACCCGCUACUGUGAUGUCUCUCACCAGAGAACCGACUGGAUCAGCAUCCACAGCCAUAUCUGCCACCUGCUCAUCCCAGUCCUUGGGCCCCAGCCCUGUUUCCAUUCUGAAAAAGACAGAAAACAUGGCAAGGAGCAGCUGCUGAGGAGGCAGGAAUCUCUGAUUGCCGUGGCGUUGAGCACAGCCCAGGGGUUUGUGUGGUCAGGGCAGCCCCUGGAAGCAAUUCCUGCAGCACUGCAGGCGCUGCGCUUCAGCUCCCGCGUGUUCGGCUCUGGCUCCUCGCAGCUCGUGCCCAUUUAUCUGCUCCUGGCCGAGGCCUCCACGGGUGCUGGCCGUCUCCGACAGGCAGCCAAAUAUCUCUCCCAAGCCCAGUGGAUCGUCCUCCAAACCCCAGACUGCAGUGCUGCUCUUCAGUCUAAGUUACACCGUGGGCUGGGGCUUUUCUCUGCUGCUGAAGGAAACCUGGACCAGGCUUUGUAUCACCUGGCCAAUGAUGUUUACCUGGCAACUGCUGAGUUUGGACUAAAUUCUAUUGAGGUCUCUGCAGGGUACUUCCACAUGGCCAAUAUUUUCUUCCACCAGAAUAAAAUGGAUGCAGCAAACUCGCUCUAUACUGAGGUGAGCAGCCUCUGGCACGACUGGCUGCUGAGCUCCCUUCACAGGCACCAGCAAGUGCUCCAGGCCCAGGCAGAAGCAUCACCAUUCUCCGAGGAGGAGGAGGUCAUGGAGGACAGGAUGACCGAAGGCCGGCGUGAGGAAGGAACGCGGAUGCUGCGCGCGGUGCUGAAGGUCCGGGAGCAGGGACCACUGCAGCAUCCUGGGGAAACUGCCCGAGCCCUGCAUGCCCUGGCCAUGAUCCACUACCUGGGCCUGGAUUUAGCCAAGGCCCAGGAGGUGGGGAUGAAAGCCUUCGACCUGGCCAAGCAGCUGCCCCAGCAAGACUCUCUAGAAACCAUUGGUCACCUGCUGGAGCUGAUUAAUGCCCAGCUUUCCCACACCACAUAAAGACUGGCUCUGCCAGACCCAGUUUGUUUGGCCAGGCUCUCUCUUAUCCAGGUUCCUGGACACCACCAGCAUCACAAGCCCUUGGGCCUUCUGCUUGCUGCCUCUUCCCAGCUGCGUCCGUGGCUGUCCCAAACUGUUUGGAAAAUAAACAUUUUGGUCUGAGUCAGUCUUCAUCUGCUGCUCCACUUCUGUAACCUCUGAGAGAGUAACAGCACCAGGGUGAGAAACAAAAGCAGCACGGACACACUGAAUAAAUCAUUUAUUGGCCAGGUUGGGAAUGAGCAAACAGCCUCUCACAGUCUCAUGGUGGCUGUCCAGGAGCCAAGACGAGCUCAGGUGUGUUUCUUACUGGCUUCCUGGCUUUGCUGUGCCAUUUUAGUGAGGGAGAUCCCAUGGAGGGAUGGGAGAGGACACAGGGAAGGGCUAGGGUGGUGGACACCUGCACCUGGGGAGCUGGUCAGGCUUGACAAAGCAUUGCAGCUCCUUACAGAGCCCCUCCAUCUCCAAACCAAUUUCCAGAAAAUCCCAGCCCGGUUUGGAAAACCAGCCAAGUUUAGAUCCCAUCCCACUUCACCCCUUGCCAUGGACAGGGACGCCUUCCAUUAUGGCAGGUGCUCAGAAUCUUCUCUUUCUGCAGAACUUCUCAUAGCUCUGGGCACUGAGAGACUCAUUUGUUCCAAUUCCACGGGUGGAAGUUUCACGGGAAGAACUUCUGUCCAAAGAGGGACCACGGGAGGCAUGAGACAGAAUGAAAAGGCUCCAAGUGAGGAUUCUAUGCUAAAGGAGAAGUAGUUUCCUGCUGGCAGAGGUCUGACAUGGCCAACCUCGGGAGGAGAUGCCAUUCCCAGCCGACUCCUGCCCCGGGGAGCAGCGAGACCCCUCGGGAUGGAGUGUCCCAGCUGGGGGAAGGGACAGGGACACCAGGAGGCUCCAGAGGCCAUGGGGAGUGUGGGAAUCACGGUGCUGAUGAUCCCUCACGCUGGGAAAGGGGAGAAGGGGCUCUCGGCCUGGCUCUCGGCUCCGAUUGAGGCUCGUUACUGCAGGAGGAUUUAUGAGGGUGUUUAAUUGCCUCGCCGAGUUGGGCUGGAGUCAAGUGCGCUUUGUAAACGCUUCGUCAAGCUGGGGCCUGAGCAAUUAGCAGGGAUUGCUGCUGCUGGGGAAGGGAAAACCGCAGGUUCAGCCACGUUCCAUUCCAGAGGGGGGGAUAAGGCUGCUCAGGGCGCAGAGCACAGGCCUGGGGAAGGGCAAGGAGACCUCCCAGCACUCUCCUGGGAGAUGCUGCUGGUCUCUCCACCUCAUCAGGUGUGGAAUAACCACCUCCAUGGGGUGGGAGAUGCUGGGAGGGACUGGGAUCGUCUCCAAGGGGCAGGGGAUGCUGAUUGAUCACCGCCAUAAGGUGGGGGAUGUUGGGGAGCUGUGCCUGCUGGCACAGUGCCCCAGGGCACAAGGAUUUGGGUCACCAGGGAUUUGGAGCUUGGUCGUGGCUGUAAUCCUUCCCAGUGCUCCCAGGCUGAGCCUGCAGGGCCGUGUGGCUGCUCUGAAUGUUCAACAAAACAAACCCAGCCUGGAAAUGAAGGUUGUGCAGGGAUGAGCAUCUCCUGGAGCCAGGAACGAAACAGCAGAGUGAGGAGAGGAGCCCUGGGCAGAGAAAGAACAUUCUGGGGAAGCUCUUAAAGACACUACAGAAGCGAUUCCUACAACAGCCAUGCCCUGCAGGGCAAAAAGCUGCUUCAAUAAAUAGAAAAAAAAGCCUGAAGUGACCAAGAUCAGCAUUUCUUUGCCUGAAAGUGUUCAGGCUUGCAGCUCUCGGCACCUUCUCAGCUGGAGGGAAAAAAAAAACCAAAUCCACAGAGCAGCAGCAACCUCCUCCCUCCCUUCCCUUGCUCAGCUGCUCAUGGCACCACCACGGCUCUGUCCUGGGCAAGAGGAGCAGGUUUGGGAUCCACAGGACACGACAGCUCCAGCCAGGUCCCCCCCGUGAUCCCAGCCCAGGCUGCUCCAGGCAAUUAAAAUCUGGUUGUACACCCAGAGCAGGUAUUUUGCAACCAGGUGAGUCGUUCCCGUGGUGGAAAAGCUUUGCAGGGACACGCACUCCCAGACACCCCCCCCAAGCCUGGCAGGGCAGGGAAAGUUUGGCUCUGAGAAAUAAAAGGCACAGGACACUGGGGCUGGGUGGCUGCUCACAUUCUCCUUUAUUGUUCACACCACACACUUUCCCCCCUUGGCACUUCACUGCAGGGAUUUGCUUAAAAACCACACACACUCCCCCCCACAGCUUGGUGAGGCUGUGCCACAACCAGCUGAGAAUGGGCAUUUUUAAAGAUAUUUGUUUAAUUCCCCCCCCUCCCCCUUUUUUUUCUUUAAUGUGUGGUCAAGUGUCAUCACUUCCAAACCAAACAAAUACAUUUUAAAAAAGAUACUAUUAAAAAAAAAAAACAACACAAAAAAACAACCCUCCCUGUGGCUUUGGGAAUGUGCCAGGAGCUCCCACACCAGCUGCACUCAGGGAAAUGCUUUUUUUUUGUGUGUUUUCAGUUUUGUUUGAAAAGGACAGUAUUUUUCAUGUGUAUUUUUUUUUAAUAUACUACAGCCUGAAGUUCAGUGCAAUAGAUACAACUACAGUGCAGAACUAUACAAAAGUCAUCCUAACCAUGUACAAGCUUUUUUUUCUUAGUUGCUAUAGAAACUAUAACCUUUUUCUGUACCUUUUGUAUGCAUUAUACAGUGUGAAUAUACUCCAAGAAUAUUUACAGUACUUGGCUUGUCAAAUCAGAAACGCUAUAACUUAAAUGUCUACUAUUAACAACCAUUGAACAAAAAUAUAUAUAAUAUAAAUAUCUUCCAGUCUAUACACAGAGCAGGAAACAGCUGUAUCCAUGCGGUGCUGGAUUUUGGUGAGUCCUGGGAUGGGGGUGGUGAUGGAGGGGGAUGUUGUCGUGUGCGGCUGCCGCUGGCGCUUCACUGUCGGGCAAAUAUUGCCGAGAUUAAUCCCAAAAUUCAACAAGAUCACAUCCCCCCUCUCCCGUUUUUCCCCUCCCAGCUGGGAAUUCAGGCGAAAGGAGAGGAGCCUGUGACAAUGGAUUGACCUUUCCAACCGAUCCAUCCGGACGGCUCCGUCCUCCGCGCUGCCCCGGGCGGGAGGUCCCCGUCCGCGAACCCACCGCAGGGCUUGAAAUCAAGGAGACUUUAAAAAAAUGACUCAUUUUCUCGGUAGGUUUUUUUUUUUUAAAAAAAAAAUAUUAGAUUUAGUCAAUUUACGUGAUUUUUCUUUUUUUUUUUCUCUAUGAUUAGAAUGUUAAAAAAUAAGUUUCCAGCUUUUUAAAAACUUCCUCUACGUGAUUUUUCCGUUAAAUAGCUAUCGCGUCGUCGAUAAAAAACAGGGAAUUGCCCUCCUGCUGGUGGGGGCUGCAUGGCUGGGUUUUAAAAGGCCUAUUGGCUUUGAAAUCUUGGACGCGAAACCAACUAAAAAAAUUAAAUAAAACUCGUUCCUAGCAGAAAAAAAAAA